CGCAGACACCUUCACGCACCGAGCAGCGGUUUGUUUGGCGGCCGGGACCCGAUCCUUUAAAACCAUGCUGGAUUGACUGCGGAGAGGCAACUCCAAUCAAUGGCUUGGCUUUGAAAUCGUUUCAAAUUUAUUGGAAAGGAGCGCGAGAUAGAGCGACAGAGGGAGUGGGAGAGAGAGGGAGAGCGAGAGAGUGGCGCGAGGGGUGGAAAUAAAGAUCUUUUCAACGAUGGAGCUGACAAUGGAAAACAUCGGAAAUCUGCACGGUGUAUCUCACUCCCAUCAAACCAGCGACUUAAUGAACUCCCCGCACGCGCGCCAGUCGUCGGCGUCGCAUCGGAACUUGGUGUCGCACGGGCGGUCAGCCAUGGUGUCCAGCAUGGCCUCGAUACUGGAGGGAGCGGGGGACUAUCGCCCAGACCACGCUUUGUCUGGCCCCCUGCAUCCGGCUAUGACCAUGUCGUGCGACUCCGGGAUGAGCCUGAGCAGCACCUACACAACGCUGACGCCGCUACAGCACCUGCCCCCCAUAUCCACGGUCUCGGAGAAAUUUCACCAUCCACACCCGCAUGCUCACCACCAUCCAGCACACCAGAGACUUGCAGCUGGGAAUGUCAGCGGCAGCUUCACCCUGAUGAGAGACGACCGAAGCCUCGCCUCUAUGAGUAACCUCUAUGGCCACUACCCCAAAGAUAUGUCCGGGAUGGGGCAGCCCUUGUCACCCCUGUCCAACGGGCUCGGGUCUUUGCACAGCUCCCAGCAGACUCUCAGCGCCUACGGUGCCGGAGCUCACCUCUCCAACGACAAGAUGCUCUCCUCGGGGGGGUUCGAGUCUCACGCAGCCAUGCUGUCCAGGGGUGAAGAGCACUUGGCCCGCGGUCUCGGGGGUCACGGGGGCGGGCUAAUGACAUCCUUGAACGGUAUACACCAUCACAGCCAUCCGCACUCUCAGGCAAACGGAUCCAUGCUCUCAGACCGAGACAGGCAGACGGUGGUGGGAGGCGGGCAAGGUGCUGGGUCAGGGCAGGUGGAAGAGAUAAACACCAAGGAGGUGGCACAGCGAAUAACAGCAGAGCUCAAGCGCUACAGCAUCCCCCAGGCCAUCUUUGCUCAGAGGAUCUUGUGUCGGUCCCAGGGAACUCUGUCUGACCUGCUGCGGAAUCCUAAACCUUGGAGUAAACUCAAGUCGGGCCGAGAGACGUUCAGGAGGAUGUGGAAGUGGCUCCAGGAGCCCGAGUUCCAGCGGAUGUCAGCGCUGAGGCUUGCAGCCUGCAAGCGCAAAGAACAGGAGCAACACAAGGACCGCAACACGGCGCCCAAGAAACAGCGUCUAGUCUUCACUGACCUGCAGCGCCGCACACUCAUCGCCAUCUUCAAGGAGAACAAGCGUCCAUCCAAGGAAAUGCAGAUCACCAUCUCCCAGCAGCUCGGCUUGGAGCUCAGCACCGUCAGCAACUUCUUCAUGAAUGCUCGCCGCCGCUGUGUGGACCGCUGGCACGAUGACCACGGUACCAGCCCCGGGCAGCCAGGCACCUCUGCCACCACCUUCUCCAAGGCCUGAGAGAAGCAGGAGAGGGCCUUCGGCGGGCCGAGGGACCAGGCCGGAACAACAGGCGACGCUGGAAAUUCCCUGCGAAGCCUGUCUGUAACAGCCCUGCCAGGCCCGGAGCGCCUGAAGGUGUCCUCUACACGAUAUAAAAAUCCUUUGUGCCAUGCAAUCAUCUUUUACAUCAGUUAAAAUUUCAAGCUCUCACCUGAAACAAGCAUAAUCUAAAAAGGUGAAGUGUGAAGUCAGGUCCACUCUGCAUUUCUCACACACAAGGACAAUCAUUGAUUUUGUCUU